CCGGCCCAUAGAAAUAUUUAUAAGCCCGUUUGAAUAACUGACGUCGUAUGAUCCAAAAAAAACGAAACAAUCGCUUCCUUCUUCCUCACCUUCAAGCGCCGACUUCAAUCUUUUCUCUUCUUCUUUGUUUUUUUGCUCUUGGUUGAUCUCUGUAUCGGAUUUCAAGAUAUGUGUAAGAAGAUCAUGAACCCGAGUUUUGCUGACCUACCAUCAAGCCUCAUAGAGGUUAUAAUGUCACAUCUUGCCUUAAAAAAUAACAUACGAGCAUCAGCCGCUUGUAAGUCAUGGUAUGAAGUUGGUGUCUCUGUUCGUGUAGUCGAAAAGCAUCCUUGGCUUAUUUGUUUUCCUAAACGUGGCAACUUGUUCGAGUUCCGCGACCCUUUACACUGGAAGUUGUACACUUUGGGUCUCCCAGAGUUAGCUGAAUCAACUGUUUGUUACUCAAGAUUUGGUUGGUUACUUAUGCGUAAAGCUACAUCAAAAGACGUGUUCUUUUUCAAUCCGUUUUCUAGGGAUAUCAUAAGUUUGCCAAAGUGUGAGCUUGCUUUUGAGCAUAUUACAUUCUAUUGUCCUCACAUCAGAUGAUUGUGUGUUACUAGCGAUAAAGUUUGUUCUGGCUGAUAAUCUCGUCACUGUCAGUACUUGCAAUCCUGGAGCAACUGACUGGGUCACUGAUGACUUCCCUACUUUUAUAAGACCGUUUUAAAUCCAAACCAACCUUGUAUAUCGCAGAGAUAAAUUCUAUUGCUUUAAUGCUGAAGGAAUUUUUGUAUAACUUUGAUCCAUCUUACCGC